AUGUGCACCUCGCUGGGCAAAUCCCCCAGCCCUGAGCUGGCAGCAUCUCGCAGCUCGGCCGGGAAGGAGCAGCAGCUCACGGUGGCCCUUCGCAUCCGUCCCAUCAACGAAGCAGAAGUGGAGGAGGGAGCUGCCCUCGUUGCCCGCAGAGUGGGUGAGCAGAGCAUGGUCCUGAUGGAUCCAAGUGAAGAUCCAGAUGAUGUCUUGCGAGCUAACAGAUCCCGAGAAAAAACAUUUGUGUUUGACGUGGUUUUUGACUACAGAGCAACCCAGGAGGAAGUAUAUGUGUCUACAACCAAAAGCCUGAUAGGAGGAGUCAUUUCUGGCUACAAUGCAACCAUUUUUGCAUAUGGUCCAACAGGAGCAGGAAAAACCUACACGAUGCUAGGGACGGACUGUGAGCCGGGGAUUUACAUCCGCACUCUUGAUGACCUCUUUAAGGCCCUUGAAGCUACCACUGAAGAGAUGGAUUACACAGUCUCCAUGUCCUACCUGGAGAUCUAUAACGAAGUGAUCCGUGACCUCCUGAACCCAUCCUCAGGGUUCUCAGACCUGAGAGAGGACUCCAGAGGCAGCAUCCAAAUAGCAGGAAUUACAGAAGUCUCUAUCACAAAUGCUCAGGAGAUCAUGCAGCUGUUGACAAAAGGAAACAAGCAGCGCACCCAGGAACCCACCGCUGCCAACAAGACGUCCUCCCGCUCGCACGCAGUGCUGCAGGUGACGGUGACGCAGGAACGCCGAAGGAAGGCGAUCGGAGAGGAAAUGAGAAUUGGAAAGCUUUUCAUGGUCGACUUGGCGGGGUCAGAGAGAGCAGCACAGACUCAGAACCAGGGCAAGAGGAUGAAGGAAGGAGCCCACAUCAACCGCUCGCUGCUGGCUUUGGGCAACUGCAUCAACGCUUUGAGCAAGAAGGGGGGGAGCCGGGCCCAGUUUGUCAAUUUUCGGGACAGCAAACUCACACGCCUGCUGAAGGACUCAUUAGGGGGCAACAGCAGGACUGUUAUGAUUGCACAUAUCAGCCCAGCCAGUACCUCCUUUGAAGAAUCUCGAACGACCUUGAUGUAUGCCUAUCAAGCAAAAAACAUCAAGACACAGGUCAAACGUAACCUGUGGAACAACUCCUACCACAUCGACCAAUACACCAGCAUCAUCGCAGACCUCCGCAGGGAGAUAGAGCAUCUGAAGGCAAGGGUGGAAAACCAGGAGAAGGAGAAAAGUGCAGUCAGCUCCGACCUCGGGGAUCUGCAAGCAGAGAGGCAGCAAGGCUCUGAGGCACACAGUGGCCAGGCUAUGAACACCUUGCGGGUACAGCUGAUCGGGGCUUUCAGGGAGCAAAUGGAGAUGCGUCGCAGUUUGAUGGAGCUGGAAAACACCAACAUUCAGCUGCACGUCGAUACCUGCAGGCACCUCCUAACAAUCUCAGAGGUCGUUUUUGAGGAGCUGGAGCAGCACUUAGCAAAUGCCAAGGAAAAAGCUUCCCAGAUGGAGGAGUUUUUCCCCAGGAAAAUCACCAGUAAGGAUCAGCAGGAGGUGCUCAGACUUCUCUGCAGAGCCCAUGAGCUUGAGCUUGGCAACACAGAGCUGCAGGAGAAUACACUCUACAAGGAGAAUCUAUUGUGCCAGAAGGAUUUUGUGAUCCAGCAACUGCAGCAGCACAUGCUACUCUGCAAAGAAAUAAUUCAGCUGCAGCAGGUGCUGAUAAAAGCCCAGAACAUUCCUGUCCCAGAGACACUGGCAAGGUUACACCACCUGCACCUCUCUGAGUCAGAAGAGGGGACGCUGAGCCGCCUGCUUCUGCUACAUUCAGUGAUGUCCAGCAUGCUCAGGCCCCACAACAGCCCUUCACCGGCUGUAAAUCAGCAUCUGGAUCCUAAUAAAGAUGAGAUCAGUAAGGGUCUACCUGGGAACAUGAAGGAUCUUCCCUGGAGGGUGAAGUUUGACAUUCCCUCCAUCACCCUUGAGUCAGACAGUGAAAGAUCAUCCAGAACGACACCCUGUAGGAAGGAGGAGGCUCUGGAUAUCCAUCUCAGCCCAACUUUCUCUGGCUUGCCAAAAAGCCCAGCUCAGCAGCAGAAACCAACAGGUGUUGCUGCAGGAAAGAUGACUUCCAGGCUGUGUUCCCCCACCUCUCUAGACCUGCAUAAGAACAAGUCAGCUGCAGACGUUGCUGCUGUUCCACUGAGUCUGAAGACCUUGAAGGAAAUUGCUGCCGACACCAAAAGCAUCUCCCUUAUUGCAGCCAGUCGCCGCUCCAGAGCCCAACACAGAGACUUUGGGAGCAAAGUCUCCUCAGCCCCCUUCUCUGAGGAGGAUGUGCUUGAGAUGAAGUAUCUAGAGGACAAUUCCAUCCCAGAUUGUAAGACACGAGGUAGUGCAAGUACCCAGAGUUUGCUGUCAGAGCCCGCAGCUGGAACCCAGCUAUGCUCCCCAGCCAGGGGAGUGCUGAAGAACAGGAGAGACCAGGAGAUGUCUGCUGAGAGGACAGCCAGAAAGAAAAGAUCUCGCUCCCUCGAACGAAACUUCCACAGGACCUGGAAAGCUAAGCAUCAGUGGACUCCCUCAAGCCCCGAUACAGACAAAGCUUAUGAGAACCACCUGCACCGAGCUGGACUCUUCCACCAGUCAAAAGCUGCGAGUAGCAUAUCCAUUGCCACAAAGGUCAAGGUUCCUAUCAGCCACUAUUCAGACGGGACUCCACUAGAAGUGCUGCCAAAAGACAACGCUCCUGCAAGCACCAUCCAGAAGAGCAAUGCUGAUCGCGUCAAAGGACAGGUCCUACAGAAGCAAGUCAAGGGGCCUGCAGAUGGUGCCAGCCCUCGGCAAAAGCAGCAGUCGGUCACCCGCUUGGAGAACCAGCCCAAGACAAAAUAG